AGCGAAUUGCCCAUCUCUAGAAUUUAUUUUACGCGAAGGCGUAUAUUUUAUUCACCGACAGUUUUGUUAGAAAAAUUGCAUUUUAUCGAUUAGUUCCACCGUUUUGGAGUGUAUAUUCUAGCGCAAAUAGAUCAGAGUGUUGUGGCUUUUGACUUACAGAAAACUGCGGCAACCAGAAUGGGCAAAUCGAAGAAAAAAUACGACAGCAGCAGCAGUUCCAGCUCAUCCGAUGUUUCGGAUUCGAGCGACAGCUCCAGCUCGGAUGAUGUUGAAGUCAAGCGGAGAAACAAGAAGAAGAAGAGUAGCGGCAGUCGGAAACAUAAGAAGACAGUGGUCAAGGCACACGCCAGUUCCGGCACGGAAUUGGAUUCCGCGAGCGAGCAAUCCAGUGAUGACGAUGUGAAAGCGGCAGCAGCAGCAGCCGCUAAGAAGAAGCACAAAAAACAUAAGAAACAAAAGAAGGCUAAAAAGCACAAGAAGCAUAAGUCUCGCGGUGGUUCCGACGACGAAAAACGGGCCGAAUUGCAUGAUGAUGAAGAUGACGAUGUGGAAGAAAUUGUCGAAGAGGUAGUGCCGGAUCGCAGACAUCGGACAAAGUCGAUUGAAUAUCGGAAAGAUAGGGAAUAUGGAUCGUCACGAGUGGCAGGAAGUGACCGUAGGGGAGCUUCUCCCAUAGAUCGCGAUCGAAGCCGAGGUAGGGACCGUUCCGCUACAAAUCAGAACCAAAAGAAUCAUCCCACCUCUAAGUGGGACAGCCCGGCUGACGGUGGCGAGUAUCGUCGUAAACGGUCCCAUUCACCACGAGAGCAAAGUGGAGGCAAUUUUAGACAUGGUCAAAGAGGAGGAGCCUAUGACGAUUACCGUAAAGCUCCUAGAUCGCCACCGCCUCGCGAAUCUCCGGUUCGAGAUUAUCACAGGGCACGGUCCCAACAUCACAGUCGUGGUGGCGGAGCAGGUCGGGGCGGUGGUCGAUACGAGGAACGUCAUUCCGUGUCACCACCGCUACUUCAGCAACAUCAUGAACGCCGGUGGGGUGGUGAUCGUUUCGAAGAUGACCGGCAUGGCGGCGGUCGGGGCGACGAUUUUAGAAAACCUUCGCCACGACGAAGAUUUGACAAUGAAGAGCGACGGUUCGAUGGCAAUCGGAGAGGAUCUCAUCAGCACCAGGCACCGCACAUGCAGCCCCGAGAGCGGUACGAAGAUUUUUCCGGUCGCGAUCGUAAUCAACGUGAUCGUCCUCAGCGUAACAACCGUGUUGAUAAUUAUGAGGAUCGAGGAGGUCCCCAACGGCGUCGAAAUUCAUCUCCGAUGGGAGCACCACCGCCGCCCCGAGGCGGACGCGAUCGUAGUCCCAUGCAGCAAGAAUAUCGCAAUGAUUUUGGCGGCGGACGCGGUGGCAGAGAUGGAGGAUAUCGUGAUCGUUAUGACGGAGGUCCCUCUCCGCAAUCCCACGAUCGAGGAGGACGUUUCGGUCGGCGAGGUUCUUACGGGGGCCGUGGUGGACGAGGUGGUAUGGGUGAUCGCGGUGGACGCCGUGGAGGAUACUUCGGUGGCAGUGGUUCCGAUCGAAGUUUUGGAUCUGACCGAGAUAUGGAUCACCGAAGACCUCCAGGCGGUGGCGGUGGCGGUGGUGGCGGCUGGGGACGAAAAUCACCUCCGGUUUCACCGCGAGGAUCAUCAUCCCGGUCAAGAUCGCGUGAUCGAGGAGACACCGACCGUAAUGGGGCACGAGGUCACCGGGGACGUAUCAGUUCUCCGCCACCCUCGGUAAAGAUCGAACGUCGGGGAGCAUCCCGCAGUCGUAGUCGUAGCCCGAUCGGUGGUGCGGCACCACUGCCGCAAAGACAACGCAAAUUUCCCCGCAAAGAGGAAAAAGAUGACGGAGCCGAGUACGAUUGGGGCAAACGAAAGCAACCGGAACGGGAAUCGGGUUUCCAGCGGGGUAGCAGCGAAGAGUCCGGCUCGGAGAAGAGACCCCCCGAGGAAAAGGAGAAACCCAAUUUUGCCCUGUCCGGCAAGCUGACCGAGGAAGCGAACAAAGUCAACGGAAUCGUAAUCAAAUACGCCGAACCGCCGGAAUCACGCAAACCGAAGCGCCGCUGGCGGCUGUAUCCGUUCAAGGGGGAACAGGCCCUGCCUACGUUGUACAUUCACCGGCAGAGUGCUUACCUGAUCGGACGCGACCGGAAGGUUACCGAUUUGCCGAUCGAUCAUCCGUCCUGCUCGAAACAGCACGCAGUACUGCAGUAUCGGUUGGUGCCGUACGACCGGGAGGACGGCACAACCGGUAAACGUGUUCGGCCGUAUAUUAUCGAUCUGGAAUCCGCCAACGGGACGUUCGUAAAUAACAAAAAGAUUGAGACGAAGAAAUAUGUCGAACUGCUGGAGAAGGACGUACUCAAAUUUGGCUUCAGCUCCCGGGAGUACGUGCUGUUGCACGAGAACAGCAAAGAGGACGAGGAGGAUGACGAUGUGGUGGACGAUAAGGGUCCUACUACCACCAGCAACGGUGGUGGUGGUGGUGGUGGUGGCGGUGGCGUCGUCGGAAGCGUUAGUGGCAAUGCUCGCAAUAAGCGAGAGCAGAGCGAGUAAAUGAAGAAAGGUUUCUUAUAAUUUACUACAAAAUAAUCAACAUGCCGCCAUUAUAUAUGUGUAUUGUAGCAGCGCUGAGAACGAAAGGCAGUCAGCUGCCGAGAGAUUAAUUGUUUAUCAUCGGAGCCGAGAUGACACAACGCGCUGGCACACCGGCAAUCGUCGGAAAAUUCUCCCAUCAUCUGUUAAGCCGAGUUAAUUGAUCAAUUGCAAGCGAGAGAAAGCUACAGCAAGAAGCAAAAUAUUGUGUGUAUUUGCAUAUUUAGACAAACAAAAGGAUAUAAUAAAGUAUCGUAUGCUUAUCCCCA